AUGCAAGCGGAUGGAUUAAAUAACCCAUUUUCUGCAUAUUAUUCAUAUCUUUGGGGUGGCGACCACUUUUCCCUAAAUCCUCAAGGAACAGAGGUCCAACUCAAAAUGGAUAGAUCAUCAGGUGCUGGAUUUCGGUCAAAACUGGAGUAUGGAUCGGGGUUGUUCCAUAUGAGGAUGAAGAUACCAGAGAAGAAAACAGGGGGAAUUGUUACCACCUUUUACUUAACUGCAGCAGCAGAUAACCAAGAUCCUGGAAAUCAUUUUGAGAUCGACUACGAAUUCUUGGGAACGAAUGGAACAGUGCAAACCAAUGUUUAUGAUAAUGAUACAGGCCACAGAGAACAGAGUUUCAACCUCUGGUUUGAUCCAUCCAAAGAUUAUCACUCAUAUGAUUUUCUUUGGAAUUGCCACCAGAUAGUCUUCUUAAUCGACAACAUCCCAAUACGAGUGUUCAAGAAUAAUGUGAAGAGAGGAGCGUAUCCAAACAAGGCGAUGCACAUCGAGGCAAGUAUAUGGAAUGCAGAUGCAAGUUGGGUGGGACCAGUAGAGUGGGAGAAAGCCCCUUUCAUCGCCUCCUAUUCUGAUUUUGGAUUCCACGCUUGUCCUGCACACUCCAAUGAUUGUGAUUCACCACAUUACUCUUGGAACGGCCCCAACUACACACAUCUUAACACACAGCAGAAGGCGCAAAUGGUGUCUUACCGUCGCAAGUAUAUGAGUUAUGACUAUUGUGCACAACAGUCCACCAGGAAACCCGAGUGCGAUUUUGAAGUCUAA